AUGUCUGGAACAUUUGAAUACAUUUAUAUAGGGAUAAUUUCUGUAUUGUUAUUAAAAAUAUGUGCUUCAUUUUAUAAAAAUAAAAAUGAGAGAAGCAAUAUAACAUCAAAAAAAUAUUGUGGCUCUACCAAUUCAGUAUCGAAAUCCACAAUUCAUAUAAUAUGCGAUAUAACAAAUAGUUUUGGUAAAUAUUAUGUUGCAAAUUUUUCCACUCAAAAAUAUAUCGUUGGAAUAAUUCCAAUAUAUAAAUCUUAUAAUAAAGAGUAUGAAGAUGUUUCAAAUUUUAACGCAUUUAUGGCAAAUUUGUUUAAUUUUUUAAAUUUACGAAAUGGAAAAGUUAUAUUAGCAAGUGAAGAUAACUGUAUAUUAAACUUCAUUCAAAAUACAAUAGAAAUAAACGAUGAAAAUGAUGAGGUUUUAUUAGCUUCAUGUAUUAUUAAUAAUGAUAAAGUAUCUGUUGUUGUGUGUUGUAUUAAUUAUGAAAAGGAAAUGGAUAAACUUGACUUGUUUUUAAGGGAUAAAGAACGCGAAAAUUAUGUAGUUAUAAAUAACUUAUUCAUUAAUAAUAAUAUUAACAUAAAAAAUGAAAAUUUCGAACAUAUAGAAUCGUUAGAAAAAAUGCCUUUAACUCAGGAAUGCAAUGAUAUAUCUAAUUUGCCGUCCUUUUUAAAUUUUUUUAAUGUCAAUAAGAAUUGUCUAAAUGAUUUUUAUUCAUUUAUGCAAAUAAAUAUUAAAAAUUAUAUAUAUGUUUACAAACUUCUUGGAAACAAUGCAUAUCCAGAAACUUUUUUAAAUAUAUAUAUAGACAAUAAUCAUAGGAAUACAAAAAUAUAUAAUUCAACAAUAGAUAUUUGCCAUGUCUUAAUUUCUGAAGCUAUAAAAAAGAAUGAGAAAAAUAUUAUAAUGAAAAAAUUUUAUCCAUUUUGUUGCCAAAAUUAUAAUCAAAUGACAAAAUAUGCGUAUAUGAAAUUAGAAAACAAUAUGUCGUUUUAUUUUUAUAAAACUUAUUUCUAUUUAUAUUAUCAAAUAACCAUGCUUUUCUCACGGAAUGACUAA